GGGCUGCCCCAGGGAGGCGGGUCCCGGCUCCGGGCCUCCGUGAGGUCACCGCGUGCAGCAGCCAAUCUGGGGCGUCUAGGUGGGCGGGGCCCCCGUCGGGUCCCGGGAACCGAACCCGAAGGAGAGGAGGGGGGCCCCAUGGAUUUAGGGGGGAGGGGAAAGCCAUGGGGGGUGCCCCCCCGGAACCCCUUUCCCGGGCGCGCGCUCUCCGCUGGAAGAGGCGCAGAGAGACAUUUUCCCCAGGAUCUUAAGUGUGGGGGCGGCUGGCUGGGGGGCUCGUCCGGCCCAACGCCCGAGGCGAGGGAAAGAGAGAGUUGGCGGAGGAAGCGGACUACGUGCUGGGCCAUGGCCUAGGUCCUUCGGCCCCGGUCCCGGCCCUGGCCGCAAUGACCUCUUUGCCCUGCCCCCUCCCUGGCCCGGACGGCUCCAAAGCUGUCUUCCCAGACCUCGCCCCCGUUCCGUCGGUAGUGGCUGCCUACCCGCUUGGCCUGUCCCCCACAACCGCAGCCUCCCCCGAUUUGUCCUACUCCAGGCCGUAUGGCCACCUCCUGUCCUACCCCUACACCGGGCCAGCGACCCCCAGGGACUCCUACCUGCCCUGCCAGCAACCCGCGGCGCCUUCUCAGCCCCUCUGUGGCCCCACCGAGCACCCACAGAAACCGGAGGCAGACUCUGAGAAGCCGCUGCUGUCCCGGGAGCCCUCGGACGGGCGCCCGCAAGCCCCGGCCAAGAAGCUGCGCAAGCCGAGGACCAUCUAUUCGAGCCUGCAGCUGCAGCACCUGAACCAGCGUUUCCAGCACACGCAGUACCUGGCGCUGCCCGAGAGGGCCCAGCUGGCAGCGCAGCUCGGCCUCACUCAGACCCAGGUAAAGAUCUGGUUUCAGAACAAACGCUCCAAAUACAAGAAGCUCCUGAAGCAGAACUCUGGAGGACAGGAAGGGGACUUCCCUGGGAGGACCCCUUCGGUGUCUCCCUGCUCCCCGCCCCUUCCGUCCCUCUGGGAUCUACCCAAGACAGGGGCCCUGCCCACCAGUGGCUAUGGCAACAGCUUUGGAGCGUGGUAUCAGCAUCACUCCCCAGAAGUGCUGGCUCCGCCUCAGAUGAUGUGAGUCCGCGGCAGGGCGGGUCAGCCCCAGCCCUCCUACAAAGCCCAGGACCCAGCCCACCUGCACCUCUUCUGGGCUGGGAGAAAACCAGCUCCAGAUGGGUACUCUCUCGAGGACAAGGAGCUGGAGAAGGAAAAGGGAUGGGGUGGAGUCCUGUACCCCCAACCCAAAGAGCUAUGUUAAGGACCUCAGCCUUAACCACUGCCUGCCACCACUACCAUGGACUGGACACCUUCCCUCCAGCUGGACAAAGGCUCUGGAGCGAGCCAUUGACUGGAGUUGAAACUGCCCCCAGGGUCCUUGGUCUUGCCACUCCCCUCCCCUUCCUCCUCCCCUCAGCUCUCCUCCUCCCCUCCCCCUCCUUCUCCCCUCCCCCCACCCCUUUGAAAGGACUGCAGCCCCACUACAGCCUGGAGUCAAAACCAGCUAGAUUUUUUUUUCCCUUUGUGUGUUUUGGGCUUUGCCCAACCCAUUUGUGAGCAAAAGCAGAAGUGGAUAUCCAGAGUGGGUCUGAUUUUUCCUGGAGGUCAGCCCAUUACCCCCAUAACUAAUACACCCACUCACCAUCCUGUGAAGUAGAAGGGAUGUGGAGAAAUGUGGAGUUUGUGGGCCAUGGGUAAUUUGUGCUCUCCUCCUAAACAAACCCCCUUGUCCCCUUGUCAACCCAGUUUGGGUAGACAGUGGCUCCAAUUAUCCAUAGAAUUCAACAGGUAUUUAUUAACAGACUAGCUCCUCCUCUUUCCCCACCCCUAAUACCUGAAAAACCCACGUGCACGCUGUCUCUCAGAAACCCAGUUGGGUAACACUUUGGGGGACAUGGGGAAAAACGAGCUCCCUGAAUAAGUGCAGGUGUAGACAUCCCCAAAUAGGUGGGGCAGGCCUGGCAAUUCAGCUCCUCACAGCCGUCUGUGUCCAAAGGAACUGCUCAGGUUUAUAACCCACCUGACUAGCAGCCCCCAAGCUCUUACCAUCCUUCACAUCAGGAGCUUCCAGAGAUUAAAGUUUG